UAUAAAUAGAGGAAAUUAAUAACAUCGACGGUUACAUGGAAAAAUUACUCAUGAAAUCCAAAUUUAAAGUCCCAAAGAAAACUGUAUUUCCUACAAGUCCGUUAUCACUAACGGAUUGCAUGGGAUAAGUAAAACCCCAUUCCAUGGAAACAUUCAACCAAGUGUAAACUUGCUACCCAAAUAUCAUGGUGAAAAUGCGACAAACCCUCCUACAUUUCCGAUAAAACACAAUAAUCAAAUCCAGAAAAUUUAUCAACUCAGUUGCUGCAUUCAAAAUUCAAAAUCCCACUGAAAAACAACCCCAACAAAUUUUUAUAAAUAAAAAAUAAAAAAUGGAACCCAUGCUUCUGGUUUCAGCUAGCUAACCACGUACAUUGCGUAAAAAUUUACCAAAAUGUCUAAAUUCGACCCGUACGCCCACCUCAACAUAUCCCACGACCCCGCCACCGAUACUCUGACCCGCCCCGCCACCACCCCCACGACGCCCACCAACACGGACCCCACCCCGGGGGACCCGGUCGUUUUCAAGGACGUCACGCUCAACCCGGAAACCCGAACCUGGGCCCGAAUCUUCCGACCCACUAAACUCCCGUCAAACGACAACACCGUGGCUCGGCUACCCAUCAUCAUCUACUUCCACCACGGCGGCUGGAUCCUCCUCUCCGCUGCCGACGCCGCCGCCCACACCAACUGCUCUCAGAUCACCUCCGAGGUUCCCGUCAUCAUCGUCUCCGUCAACUACCGCCUCGCGCCCGAGAGCCGGCUCCCGGCCCAGCACCACGACGCCCUCGACGCGAUCCAUUGGGUCCGGGCCCAGGCCCAGGACCCGAAGGGCGAGAACUGGAUCCGAGACUACGCCGACGUGUCCAGGUGCUACUUGUACGGCUGCGGGUGCGGGGGCAAUAUCGUCUUUUUCUCCGGGUUGAAAGCGUACCAGCUCCAGCUUGAGCCUCUGAAGAUCUCCGGGAUUAUUAUGAACCAGCCCAUGUUCGGUGGGCUGCAGAGGACUAAUUCGGAGCUGCGAUUCGCUACGGACCAGUUGCUUCCGUUGCCUGUGCUGGAUCUCAUGUGGGACAUGGCUUUACCGAAGUCGACGGACAGGAACCAUCCGUAUUGUAAUCCGAUGGCGGACGAAGUGCACAGGGAUUUGAUCAAGCGGCUGGGACGGUGUUUGGUGAUUGGGUUUGGUGGGGACCCCAUGAUCGAUCGGCAGCAGGAAUUUGUGACGAUGCUGGUGGCUUGUGGGGUGAGGGUUGAUGCGCGGUUUGAUGAUCUUGGGUUCCAUAACGUUGACUUUGUUGACUCUAGGCGGGCCGCUGCCGUUUUGAACAUUGUUAAGGAGUUUAUCAUCUAAUUUGGAGGUGAUUAUUUGUGAAUGAGAAUGUAGGGCGGUUUGAUAAUUAUUUCAGUUUCAGUUUUCAUUUUCAAGCUUUUGUUUUCACUUUUGUUUCUCCUCCCUCUCAUCCUCACUCCGUUCUCCUCUCCUCUAUACUCUAACACAGAAAAUGAAAACUAAAAACAAAAAUUAAAAUGGUUAUCAAACGAGCACUAAAUUUCGAAAUCUUUUUAGCGUAUCUUAUUAGAAAUAUAUUCACAACACAAUCAAUUUUCCUUCGAAUCUGUACUAAAUUUAA